UCCCUCGCUUUUCCUCCACGUCCGCCGCUCGCGCGAGCCGAACCCCAAAAGCAAAAGCGCCUCCAGCUUCACAUGCCACCCCCGCCGCGCCACCACCUCCUCCCCGCCCUCUCGCUAUAUAUUCCGGCGAGCUCGCCAUUGCCUCUCCUACCUCAUCGCCAUCGCCUACCUACCUAGCUAGCCAUCGUAGUCGUCGUCGUUGACAGAUGGAGAUGAGGCGCCUGGCUGUGAGCGGCGGGAGGAGGAGGAGGAUCAGGCCGGCGGCGGCGCGGAGGAGCGGCGUGGCGCUGAGGCGGAAGGUGCGGGAGCUCCGGCGGCUGGUGCCCGGCGGGGAGGGCGCGCCGGCGAGGAGCCUGCUCGUCCGCACCGCCGACUACAUCGUCCGGCUCAAGGCGAGGGUCGAGCUCCUCAGGGCGCUCUCCGCGCUCUACGACGAGCUUCCACUCCCCGCCGGCGUCUGAGCCCGCCGCCGGGGCGCGGUGGCGCGCCGCGAUCGAUCAUUGCUUGCUUGCACCGAGAUGAGAGAUAUACAGUAGCUAUGUAUAGAAGAAGAAUUGAAUGAAUUCAUUUCGAACAAGACAGCAUAAAAGACAUCACUAUUGAAUUGUUUGUUGUAGAGUGGAUGGAGUUCAUGCAGGCUGGCGGAUAAUCGAUUAAUUAAUUACAAGCUGUUAUUUAGUUACAUGGAGUAUAUAAUAUAUACCUCAUCAUGUGCUAUUAACUAAUUUUGUUUCUUCUG